UCCAUCUAUAAUGAAUACAAAAACUCUAAUGCCCAGGCUCUACCAUCCUCCUAUUUACAAGCCAAAAGAGCAUACAAACAGACUUUAAAGCUGGCCAAACGUGAGUGGUAUCUAAAGCGUUGGCGAGCCUUGAUUGCGGCCUCUAGAUCCCGCAGACCACAGGAAUUUUGGGCUUUGAUAAACAAAAGAGGAAGGAAGUACCCACUGACGAUUAUCCCUGCGCCCACAUGGGAACAAUUCUUGAGCAAAUAUUUCUCCUUGGCAGAGGAAUCCAACUCAUCCACUGAAUUCCGAGCCGACCAUCUACCUUUGUGGCCCUCUACCGACCCAGACCUGAUAAUGGACUUGAUAUUAGAUCUGAAAACGGGCAAAGCCCCCGGGCUGGAUCUAGUCCCUGCUGAGGCUAUUGUUGCGCAACCGAGGUGGUGGGCUGAAAUCCUGGCCAAAGUCUUUGAUGCAAUUAAUUCUACGGGGCUUAUCCCUAGGUCAUGGAAGGAGGCCGUGAUCGUGCCAGUCCAUAAAAAGGGUCCCCCUGCUGACCCGGAGAACUAUCGGAACAUCAGCCUUUUGUCUAUCAUCGGGAAAAUCUAUGCAAAAUUUUUGCUGUCCAAGCUGUCCAAUUGGGCAAACGACUCAAAUUUGAUUGGCCACGAGCAAGCGGGCUUUAGGAACAAUUAUUCGACCACUGACCAUAUGGUAAUCAUGUAUCAUCUUGCCAGAAAAUAUUCUGCCCCGAGUCGGGGGCGCCUAUGUGUCGCUUUCAUAGACCUAAAGGCCGCCUUCGACAGUAUCCCAAGAAACUGUCUAUGGAAGAAAUUAGAGAGAUGGGGCAUAGAUAGAAGGCUGUUAUGGCUUAUAACCCAAUUACACCAUGGGUCGUCGGCUAGAGUGAGACUCACACCGGCGGGAAACCUAUCCAACGAGGUCCCAAUAAAUAGAGGUGUGCGCCAAGGUUGCAUUUUGGCCCCACUCCUCUUCAACUUGUUUAUUAGCGAUAUGAAGCUCUUUCUGAAUGAGUCUCAAGCCAACAUUCAUGCCCCCGCCUAGCUGAUUUUCGCUGCCCUCUGCUCUUAUAUGCCGACGAUGCAGCGAUCCUUUCCUACUCUAGAGUCGGUUUAUGCAGAGCUCUAAAGAUUUUUGCGGCUUAUUGCAAACUCAACCAUCUGACAAUUAAUCAUGGGAAAUCUAAAGUCCUGGUCUUUACCAGGUCUCGGAAAACUUACAGCUGGAAGUUAGAUGGAGUCCAAUUAGAACAAGUUUUCAAAUUUAAAUACCUGGGAGUCUUUUUUCACUACAACCUAAGCUGGAAGCCACAGAUACAGUAUUUACUAAACAAAGGGAAAACAAUACUUUAUACUCUACUCCAAUUUUUUGCGGCCGACGGAGCCUCCCACAUCCCUUCUGCAUUGAAGGUGUACCAUGCAAAAGUGGUUUCCACCCUCUGUUAUGCUGCCCCGCUCUGGGCCCCAGGGUCCAAUUUAACAUCGUUGGGGACAUUGCAGAAUCAGUUUCUCCGUCGCCUCCUGAAACUCCCCAUGUGUGUGAGCAACGCAGCCAUACGUCUGGAGUUAAGGAUUGCAUCAUUGGAGACGGUCAUCUGGAAGCGAGUCUUUGGUUAUUGGCUGUCCAGCUGGCACAGGCUUCCCAACCAUUACCUUUUUCAGUGCCUCUGGCGGGACGACUUUGUCAAUCCAUGGGUAGGAAAAAUCCAUGCCAAACUUCUGAGCAUCGGAAUUUCCCCAGCGGACUCCUUAAAGAUGAACUUACGCUCAGCCAAAAGACUUAUUGAGCAGAGAUUAGCAGACAUUGAAAAUCAACACAACCUCGCCGGGGGUGAGGGUGUCUGCUCCCCCAGGUAUCACGGAAUAACCUCACCACUUGGCCUUCCAUCAUACAUGUCAUCUCUUUCAUCUGUACCACACCGACAUGCAUUUAUUCGUGCAAGGUUCAAUGUCUUUCCAUCGAACCUGCUGAGCCACAGAUUUUCCAAGGGUUUGGUGUCUCCGCUAUGCGUGUGUGACGGGAAAACUGUUGAUUCUCUCUCACAUAUAAUGUUCAACUGUCCCCGACAUAGCAUAGCCAGGACUAAAUUCCUGGGCCCUGCUUUACUGCGCUUGGUUGGCAGGCCUGCUGAGUCACAUGCCGCACUACUUUUGCAGGAUACAGAUCCUUCUGUAACUCUGCAGGUGGCGAGAUUCCUGAAUGCAGUUAUCUCACACACAAAAACCACCAAAAACAACAACAUCAAAAACUAAUCGGUCAGUUUUGAAGAGAGUGCAUGUCGGAUCCCGUCUUCAGUUCUCCUUUUCUGGGAUCCGUCCCUUGGAGCUCUCCGGGCCCCAAGCUGUUAUCUGGCUCUGCUCAAUGACCCACCCCUGCAUCAUGGUGUUCACCUUCUGGUGCCGAAUAUAUUAGUCUUUAUGCCUCUGUGCUUUUAUGUUUGUACAUACUUUAUGGGCUAAUAGCCGUAAAUAAAUAAAUAAAUAAAUAAAUAAAUAAA